GACUCAAUUAAUAAAAUGAAUGAUUCAUUUGGUGAUUUCAAUGGCACACAAACGGCCACAGCGGGUGCCACAAAAGAGUCUUCCGGCGAGGGAAUCAUUUCUUUGCUGGUGAAACAAAUACUCGAUUCGCCCGAGGGCAACUUCAAGAUGUUCGAUGUUACAUACGCCUUGGUCUGUGUUGUGGGCAUUGUGAGGAAUGUGGAGACAUCUUCGACGAAGAUUACGUACACCUUGGAGGACCACAGUGGACGCAUCGAUGCACACUACUGGCUAGAAGAAGGCGAUGCGAUCAAAGCACCCGAUGUCAUGAUCAAUAACUAUGUAAAGAUCUAUGGCUCAGUACGUCCGCAGGCGGGUCAAAAGGUUUUGAUGGUCUUUAAGCUGAUCAACGUGCUGGAUCCCAAUGAAGUGUGCACCCACGUACUGGAGGCUUUGCACUCCCGCUACAAGGCCGAGGAAUAUCAUGUUAAGGGUAAUUCAUCACAAGCUCCAAGCGAUUCGACCAUGAGCAAUGUGUCAGCAAGCCAGAGCAAUGCUAUUGUCGCUGGCCUGGACAGCAAGCAGCUGGCUGUCUUCCAGGCCAUCAAGAGCAACUGUUCCGAGGAAGGCAUCAAUCGACGAGAACUCAAAGCCAAGUUCUCGCAUAUAAGUCAAACUGAACUGAACAACAUUUUGGACUUCAUGAUAUCCGAGGGACAUAUUUACUCCAGCAUCGAUCCAGAUCAUUUUAUAUGCACCAUGUAGAUAUCCAGCUUGAGCAUAAACUUGUACAACAAUC